GUGACUUACUAAUGCCUUGCACGGACUACUUUUCGUACCGAAUUCAGAAUCCUCACCAACUCGGCCCGGGAGGUCUCAGAAUCUGCAUUUUACUAGAGAGUCAACUUUGACCAUUUUCAGAUCCUGCGGGCCAUCGGUAAAGGGAGUUUUGGAAAGGUAUGCAUCGUGCAGAAGCGGGACACAAAGAAAAUGUACGCGAUGAAGUACAUGAACAAGCAGAAGUGCAUCGAGAGGGAUGAAGUACGGAACGUCUUCCGGGAACUGCAGAUCAUGCGGGGACUGGACCACCCUUUCCUGGUCAACCUGUGGUACUCCUUCCAGGACGAGGAGGACAUGUUCAUGGUGGUGGACCUGCUCCUGGGCGGAGAUCUGCGUUACCACCUGCAGCAGAACGUCCACUUCACGGAGGGGGCGGUGAAGCUGUACAUCUGCGAGCUGGCGCUGGCCCUGGAGUAUCUGCAGAGGUUCCACAUCAUCCACAGAGACAUCAAGCCAGACAACAUACUGCUGGAUGAACACGGACAUGUUCACAUCACAGACUUCAACAUAGCAACGAUCGUGAGAGGAGCAGAAAAGGCUUCCUCUAUGGCUGGGACCAAGCCCUACAUGGCCCCGGAAGUGUUCCAGGUGUAUGUGGAGGGAGGCCCCGGCUACUCGUACCCCGUCGACUGGUGGUCCCUGGGUAUCACGGCCUACGAGCUGCUGCGGGGCUGGAGACCGUAUGAAAUCCACUCGGCCACGCCCAUUGAGGAGAUCCUCAACAUGUUCAAGGUGGAGCGUGUCCACUACUCCUCCACGUGGUGCAAAGGCAUGGUCGCCCUGCUGAAGAAGCUCCUGACCAAGGACCCUGAGAGCCGUCUGUCCAGCCUUGGUGACGUCCAGAGCGCGCCCUACUUGGCCGACAUGAACUGGGAUGCGGUGUUCGAGAAGGCGCUGACACCCGGCUUUGUGCCCAGUAAGGGGAGACUGAAUUGUGACCCCACAUUUGAACUUGAAGAAAUGAUCCUUGAAUCCAGGCCACUUCACAAAAAGAAGAAGAGGCUGGCAAAGAACAGGUCCAAAGACGGCACAAAGGACAGCUGUCCUCUGAACGGACACCUGCAGCAGUGCUUGGAGACCGUGCGGAAGGAAUUCAUCAUAUUCAACAGAGACAAGUCCAGAUUGGACGGCAUAGGAGUCAACGGAAAGAGCAUGGGUCUUGAAGAACGAUGGCCCUGGGAGUCCAGCCUCCCAAAGUCACGUAGCUCGCUGAGGAGGCAGCAGGGGCAGACCAGCCAGCUCUUGGACACAGAGGGCCGAGCUGGGAGCCAGACCCAGGGCAAGCUCCAGGACGGCUGCAACAACAACAUCCUGGGCCACACCUGCUCCCGGGGCUGCAGCAGCUAAGCCACCGCCUGCGGCCGCCUGACGGGACCGUGCGCAUUCCCGUCCUGCCCACCGGAAGCCCCUCUCUGUGCCACGAUGGUCCCUAUCUCACUCCUGGUAACGCCAGAUGCAGAGACAGCCCUGGGCUUGGAGCUGGGAAGCCCGGGUUCUGGUCGCAGGUGCCUGACGGAUUCUCUGCGUGACUUCGGACAACCUUGCCCUUCCUGUGCCUCAGUUUUCUGCAUCUGCCAAAGGGGUUAAAACAGCUGUCUGUCCCACUUCUACAAGGUUAUUGGGAGAAACCAAAUAGGUAGGAGACAUGCAAAAUCUGUGACAUUUAUGAAAUUGUUUACACAGGCAAAAUAGAACCUUGAUAUUUGAAGUCCACUCCCAUCCCGCGAGGCAACUAGGCACCCCCUCCAUUCCCACGAUUCCCACAUCCUGGAGCAAAACCGGAAGUGUCUUCAUUUGCCGCCUCUGGGAGGCCAGUCUUUCUGACCCUCUAAGGUGGCGUGGCCGCGCACCAGCCUGGUCCCCUAGGUCCUGAUGCUACAGGUGCAUGUCUGCCCUUCUUCACAGAAGACCGCCUCCCACCUGUAAUCCCAGCAGGUCCCCCCCCACCACACCCCGCACUGGCGUGGCAGGUGGAUGCCCUUCAGGAGGUCAAGUCACCACCAUUUUGAGAGUUCCUCCCAAACCCAGUCCCACCGCCAAAUUCUGAGUCCCCGUCCCCUUUCUGGGUGUCUUUCCUGUGAAGGGUUGGAAGCGGCCUGCUCAGCGUUGUCUUAAAGAGGGUCCCCAAGUGCCACAGAUGAGGUGGCUCUGUAUUGAGGAACAAAGAAGCGUGGGUCACCAGGAAGUUGAGUCUAGGAGGACAGUGGACUCGCACAAGGAACAAACGGCGGUGGGACCUGUGCGGGCAGCGCUCUGCCCUCUGGAUGGGGAGACGCCGUAGCGCCGGGGACCGAGCUUCCGCGCGGCGUCAGGCUCGUGCUCGGAACCCAGCCCUGCUGUUUACCAACCGGAAGACCUUAGGCAAACGGCAUAAUCACGUCGGUGUCGUUUCCUUGUUUCAGAGCGGCGGUGAUGAAGCCAGCCUUGCAGGGUGGUUACGGGAGUCGGUGGCAUUCUGUGUGUCCCGUGCCCAGCACAGGGCACCCACUGCAUGGUAGGCACUUUGUGCCCGCGUCACCGUCAUUGUUUGCAGAGACUUCCCUACGUCACUCGUUUGGCAGGUCACUUUCCGCAGAAACGAGUCCGGUGGUUUGGCUUCCUUGAGCUUUUCUUCCCGGAGUCUUGGAACUCCGUCCAUCCCUGUCGACGUUCCGCUGUGGUUUUAGUUUUCCUUCCAACUUCCGGUUUUUACUUUUUACAUCAUCAGUCCACCCUCGGGGCCGUCCAUGCCAUCUCUCCGAAAUCUUAAGAGACGUUUUAACGGGGGGUGUGGUUUUCUGUCUUUAACCUUCAAAAAGGAGAUGCUCCUAAGAGUCCUCCUUUCAGCCAAGCCUACUCCUCGAUUCCGUUGCCCACGUCAGUCUGCUUGUCUUGCGCACUCGUCGUUCUCCGUCCCCCACCGGCACUGUCCUGUUCCCUCCAGGCAAUCGCAGGGCUGCUUCUCUCUUCACUGUGACCCGGGCAGCACUUAGGAUUUCUUGCUGGGCUGAGUUCAUGAAUUAGGGGGCAGGAGCUAGAAGUAAGCCCAAGAGACACCAGAUUUCCUGGCUGUGUUUAAGUUGAUGUUGUUUCUUGUUCAGAAUAAACUAUUUCUUGGGCAUUCCUUCUUGCGACGUUGUUCUUGUUCGGGGUUGGGUGGGGAGGGGCCGUGUCCCUCUUAGAGCCAAAAGGCUCUAGUUGAA